GCUGCGUCGAGGCUCGCCCAUGGCGAGUGUGGUGCGCGCGGCGGGCGAGCGAGCGUCCUUUCCUGAGUGUGACUUUGUGAUCCGUGACUCGGUGCGAGUGUGUGUGCGGCGACGGCAUGUAGUGUCGGGUGUGUCUGUGAUCCAGCGAAGUCUGCGUGCUCGGGUCUCAGGCCUCCACCAGGAGAGGUUCUCUGAAGAGGAGGGCAUGGUUCCCGGGCUUGGGACUGCAAGGCCCCAGGCCCCUUUUCCCUAUGGCCAUGUGAAGGGCUGUCAUGCCAUGGCCUUGUCAUUCCAGGAGCUGAUGGCAUUCCAGGAUGUGGUGGUAGACUUCUCCCAGGAGGAGUGGGGGCAGCUGAGUCCUGGCCAGAAGGCCCUAUAUUGGGACGUCAUGCUGGAGAACUACAGGAACCUGGUCUCACUGGGAAUUUGCAGUUUUGAAAACUUUAUUUCAGACUGGGGCACUGGGCCUAACAACAGGACACCUUCAAAGCAUAAUAUCUCUGAAAAGUCACCCUAGAAGAAAGGACUUUGGGACAUGAACUUCAUAAAGGCCUGCAAAGAGGACAGCCUCCCCGAGAUGCCAAUCCUGGUGAAAUCUCUGAGCAGCUUCACAGAGAAGAAAGGGUACAGAUGUCCUGACUGUGGGAGAGCCUUCAGCUCCAAGUCCUUCCUUACUCAACACUGGCGGAUCCACACAGGGGAGAGACCCUAUGAAUGCAGUGAGUGUGCGAAGGCUUUUAGCCAGAGGGCAAACCUUAUUCAGCAUCAAAGUAUUCAUUCUGGAGAGAAACCAUACAAGUGUGAGGACUGUGACAAAGCUUUCAGGCGGAGCUCCUCUCUCAGGGAGCACCAGAUUAUCCAUAGUGGCAAGAAACCAUUUCUCUGUAAUGAAUGUAGGAAAGGCUUCAGCAAACGCUCAGCCCUCAUCUCCCAUCAGAGAAUUCACACUGGCGAGAAACCCUAUCAAUGUAAUGAGUGUGGGAAGGCCUUUAGUGAUCAGUUAUUCUUCAGCCAACACCGGAGGAUCCACAAUGGGGAGAAACCUUAUGGAUGCAAUGAAUGUGGAAAGGUCUUUAGCUGGGCCUCAUCCCUUAAUCACCAGAGAACUCAUACAGGUGAGAACCCCUAUAAAUGCCCCGACUGUAGGAAACCCUUUCGGUACAGGUCCUCCCUCAUCAAGCCACCGGAAAACCCACACAGGAGAGAAGCCCUACAAAUGCAGCGACUGUGAGAAGACUUUCAGCUAUAGCUCCUCCCUCAGCCUCCAUCAGAGAACUCCCAACGGGGAGAGUCCCUAUAUGUGUAAGGAGUGCGGAGACACCUUCAGGUAUUGCUCCUCCCUGACCAAGCACCAGUGGACCCACAGCAUCAAGACAACCUGUGAGUGUAAGGAAUGUCUAAAAGCCUUUAGUAGUUGUGAUUCAUCCCUUAAAGUACAUCAGAGGAUCCAUACAAGGGAGAAUCCUAUGCAUACAGAGAGGGUGAGGAAGACCUUUGUGGCAACUAACUUCCGGCAGUUCUUAAUAAAACAUACUAUGCACGUGAAA